CUUCGCCGCCUACGUUCUCCUUCCUUUCUGUAAUCCGUUUUCCGUUGACGCUUCUUAGUCCCUGACACAGAUAUGAGCUUGGGUUAAUGGCGAUUUCUGAAUCCAUCGCUGACUCAAAUCAAAGGAUCCAAGCCGGAGAUGAAUGGCAAGAGCUUCUUCUAUUCGCCAAUUCGUCACAUCCAGAUCUAUCUCCCCCGUUCUGGGCCUUCUUAGGGGUUUCAAACUUGUUGAAGAAUCUACUACUGUUAGACACCUUUUCCAAGUCCACGCGAGGCUCAUCGCCUCCGGUAACUUCUGGGAUUCCACUUGGGGUAUCAGAUUGUUGAAGUGUUCUUCUCGUUUUGGUGACGCCAGCUACACCGUUUCGAUAUUCCGCAGCAUUGGCAAGCUCUACUGCGCAAAUCCGGUGUUUAAGGCGUAUUUGCUCUCCUCUACUCCGCAACAAGCGUUGGGGUUUUACUUUGAUAUACGGAAAUGCGGUUUUGUUCCUGACACCUACAGCUUCGUCCCAUUGUUUGGUUGUAUCGAGAAGACUUGCUGCGUUGACUCAGGAAAAAUGUGUCACGGGCAGGCUAUUAAACAUGGAUGCGAUCAAGUUUUACCUGUCCAGAAUUCGUUAAUGCAUAUGUAUACUUGUUGUGGUGCCUUGGAGCUUGCCAAGAAGCUGUUUGUUGAAAUUCCCAAGAGAGAUAUUGUGUCCUGGAACUCGAUAAUCGCUGGGGCGGUGAGAGACGGUGACAUUCUGUAUGCUCACAAGUUGUUCGAUGAAAUGCCUGAGAAAAAUAUGGUUUCUUGGAAUAUCAUGAUCAGCGCUUAUUUGGGUGCUAACAAUCCCGGGGUUUCUAUUAAAUUGUUCCGUGAGAUGGUUGGAGCAGGGUUCCAUGGAAACGAGAGGACCUUGGUUUUGCUAAUGAGUGCUUGUGGCAGAUCAGCUAGACUGAAGGAAGGUAGGUCGGUUCAUGCUUCUUUGAUAAGAAUCUUGCUGAAUACGAGCGUAGUUAUUGAUACAGCUCUUAUUAACAUGUAUGGAAAGUGCAAGGAAGUAGACUUAGCACGUAGGAUAUUCGACAGUGUAUCCCGUAGGAACAGAGUUACGUGGAAUGUGAUGAUAUUGGCACAUUGUCUUCACGGGGAUCCUGAAGACGGGCUCAAAUUAUUUCAAGACAUGAUUAAUGGUAUGCUCAUUCCUGAUGAAGUAACGUUUGUUGGUGUUCUCUGCGGUUGUGCUAGAUCCGGGCUUGUUUCACAAGGAAAAAGUUACUAUGCCAUGAUGGUUGACGAGUUCCAGAUCAAACGAAACUUUGGACACCAAUGGUGCAUGGCUAAUCUUUACUUUAGUGCCGGGUUCCCUGAAGAAGCAGAGGAAACUCUGAAGAACUUGCCAGAGGAAGAUGUGACGCCAGAAUCUGCAAAAUGGGCUAACUUGCUCAGCUCUUCACGUUUCACAGGAAACCCGGCUCUUGGGGAGAGCAUUGGCAAGUCCCUGAUAGAAAAAGAUCCCAUGAACUACAAGUAUUACCAUUUCUUGAUGAACAUUUACAGUGUUGCGGGGCGGUGGGAAGAUGUUGAUAUAGUGAGAGAGGUGGUGAAGGAGAGGAAAAUAGGACGAAUGCCCGGGUGUGGCCUUGUGGACUUGAAGGAGAUAGUCCAUGGCUUGAUAGUAGGAUGCGAAGAGGCAGACAAGGUCAUUACUGAGACUAGUCUAGAGGAAAACGCUACAGUGAUUUACUGACUUAAUAAGCUAAUCCCCAAGUCAAAGCUUACGGUUGCUCUCCUUUGCUAGAUCCACACUAUAUGAAGUCAUAAAUGGGAAGUUGUGUGUCGUCUUGCAGAGAGGCUAGAAUAGUACAAGGAAUGCGCAUGAAUUGGUCUGUUUUUGUAGAGAAGAGUAGUAAAAUUCUGUUUUAGAAUGGAAACAAGAAAAACUAUGGUCUCUCUAGUUAGAUUUGAUCCUGUUUCAUUUUUUGUUUUCUUUUUUUGGGGUCAGAGUUGCCAAUUCUUAGUUUUGAAAAAGGCUCUCUGUAACACAAUCAAUUAGAAAUUGAGAUUUUACCCACUUG